GGUUCAUAUUUUUACAAGUAGAACAACUAUUCAUUGCACUCGCAAUUCCCAGAAAUGCAUUGGUUUAUUUUAAUAUUUAUUAAAUUUUCUACAAAGGUGAAAAAUACAAUUUAAAUGUAACAGUUUUAUUUUAAUUAAGGAAUUAAAUCAUAAGAUAUAGAAAAUAUCUUUGUGGGUAGCCUGGGGUAGCCCCUUUGUUAGAAUUAUAAUCGUACUAUCUGUCGCUUUAUUAUAAAAAUAAUGCAUCAGUGGUUUUGGUAUGUAACAACAGGCAAAUCUGCUCAUAUUUAAGGAAAAAUCUAAAAAUGGGUUGCAACACAAGCAAGGAUACUGCAAUAUCAUUAGGAGGGGAGAAUGCAGAAGAAAAUAGUGAGAAGAGAAACACCGAAAAUGUGCAAGAAACUUUAAAACCGGAAUCUGCUAAAACUAUUACAUUAACCUCGAAUGGGUGUACGUUGCCAAAAGUAGAGGAAUCUUCAGACAACAAAGAAAUUAGCACAGACGAACUACUCAAGGAUACAGAUCUUGAAGUAGCUGCUGUGAAAAUACAGGCAGCCUUUCGUGGUCAUCAAACAAGAAAAACUAUGAAACAACCUGCAAAACACGAAGAGAAGUCAUCUUCGACACAAAAUCUCGAGGAAGAAUUCAGUUCCGAGGAUAAAGAACUAUGUGAUGCGGCCACAAAGAUACAAGCAUCGUUUCGGGGACAUAUGAUAAGAAAACAAAUGGAAAAAAAAGAAGAUGAAUCAGAUUCUCCCAAAAACGAUAAAAACGAGGAAGAAGAAUUAGACAUAGAUCUUUCAGAUCCAGAAUUAAAUAAGGCUGCUGUGAAAAUACAAGCUUCAUUUAGAGGUCACAUGUCUCGCAAGGAUGAAAACAUAACCACUAACUCAAAAUAAGUAUAAAUAUAAACAAGUACUUGAAUACUAGUUAACGUAUGUACUUGUUUGUGUUCGUUAAACUUAUACCAAACUACCUAUUGAAUUUUCUCUUGAAUAUUUAUAUAAAGUAAUCGAAGAAGUUUGUUGUGAUUGACAAUUUAAAUUAUUCGUCCUAUCAGUAUAUGAACAAGAUAGACAAACGUAUUCAUGUCAUCUAAUCGUUACAGUUACUGAUGGUUAGAAGUAAUAGUUAAACAGAUAUAUACUGUACUUACAAGGAUAGAUAACAAUUAUAAGUAAAAUUCUUUUGGCUACUACAACAAAACCGUUUUCACAGAAGACUUUGGAAAAGGAAGAGAAAAUAAGGGAAAAUUAUAUAAUAUUUAAUUAGUUUAAUUUACCUAUAUAAAGAUGUUAAUCUGCACCAUUGAUAUAGAAGUGCUUGCUUAUAACAAAUGGUCAUUUAAUAUUUGAAUUUUUUUAUGUGCCAGUAUCAAACUGAUUUUUUUUCUUUGAAUAUCAAAAAACCACAAACAAAAAAUGAAUAUAAACGUCAAAUGAUUUAUAUAAUUCUGUAAAUGUGAAUCAGAGUAGUCUAAAAAUCACUUACAUCAAAGUAUGAGUUCACAGUAUGAAAAAGGCGACGUCGCUGUGUGGAGUUAGGUAAUUACUCUAAUGAGAAACUUAGACGAGUCUUCUGUUUUUGGCGAUAAUUUGUAAAAUAUUUUGUCCGAAAAGUUUUAAAUUAAUUAUUAUCAAUACCUAAGAUAUUUAAUUAACAAACCUUCAAACCAAAAUUUGAGUUGCAUUUACUCUUAACUUAACAGUAAGUAAAUAUGCUCAUAAGCUAACAUUUCAAAAAUAUAACAUGACAUUGAGUACGAAACACAUGUUCAGUCAAGAACGCUGCAUACAGUAGUUCAAUCUUUCUCUCAUAAGCAAAUGUUGACUUUACACGAUUAUGAUUGAAAAAAUGCAUUUCUUAAAAUGAAUUUGGUAAAUUUAUGUUCAAAAGAUUAAUUAACUGGUAACAUCUGUGUGCUGCCAAUCAUAACAAAGUUAACAACCGCCUACCUAAUAAAUUAAGGUAGACAUCGUAGAUUAACGGCACCAAUUUUUAAUAUUAAAAUUUUAUUAAAAACGACUACAUAUACCUUAGGUAAGAAUUUGAUGUUAUAAAAAUUUGAAAGUUGAAGUAUUCAUAUACAAUUUAAUAUUAAAAAAUAUUCAUGUAUUAGAGUAAAUAAAAAAUUACAUUAAUGACAAAUAUAAAUCUACUAUGCCAUAUAAAUAUUUUUCUAUUUUUUAUUGUACUGUGAGUGUAGUCGGGUGAUCAAAGAAAGGAAAAAGAUGAUAGGUUAAAGCGGACAUUACAAAAUAUAGGCACAGACAAACAGAUUAAUAAUUUAUGUUUUGUGGUGUUUGUUUCCCGUGAAAUUUAGUGGGUUUCUAAGUAUCUAUAUUACAUAAGGAUUAACAUAUUUAUUUAUAUAUUAUAAGUACAAAUACAUAUGUAUAUAUGUACAAAAUAUUUUGGUUCACAUAAUUUGUAAAACAUUUGCGAAAUUAUAAGAGCACAUUGUUCUCCAUACACUAACCAGUUGAUCAAAACUCCCAAGUAAGUUUGGCUUAUUCAAACGUCGUUAGAGAUAAAUCAUCUUCGUCUUAAGUUAACUUAAAUUAACAUCGUUUAAAAUGCAGUUAACCGUUGUAAACUUCAUUAUAGUUAAACAUUUGCCUUAGGAGUAAGGGCAUAAAAAUUGGUCAUUGUUUUUAAGUGUAUUAAUUUAAGUUAGCGAUGUUACAGUUUUACGAAACUAUAUUGCAAUUUUUGGAAAGAUUAACUAGUGUACCUACAGAAAAUAAUGGCUUCAGUUCUUAUAGUAUUCAAAGUUUUCGAAAUUCUGGUUAACACUGAAUAAAAAUAACAAAAUGUUACGUUAAAUAUAAGUAAAUUUUAUUGUAGGAAAAACCUCUUGAAAGUCUUACUCAAUUACUGGAGCUGUAACUAUCAUGGUUUGCCAAAGAUAAGUAUGGACUGUGAUUAUAAGCAAACAAAUUUUGUCUUUUUAAUUUUUCGUUCCAUACUUAACUUUGACAAAGUUAGUAGUACUAUAUGAACAGAAAAGUCGUCUAGGAACCAUUGAAAUUUAAUAUAACAAUAAAAUAUGUUGCGUGACUUAAUAAACAACUUUCUUUUCCAUUCAUAUGGUAUUUUAUGACUACCAGUUGCUUUUUUUGUUGAGAUUUUUAUUAUGUCACAUACAGUAAAUUUUAUGCAGUAAAAUAAGUGCACGGAAAUAUAAGUGUUAAUAAAAAACGUAAUUUUAUUUAAAAAAAACAAUGGCUACUUUUACGUUAAAAGUAUAUAUUUUUGUGUCAAUUAUAUUUCAUGUAUAAAUAUAAUGGGUUUUGGAAUAAGCAAUCAUUAAUUAAAAAAGCACUCUGUAUAUAUGAUGUUCUCUGAAAAGUUUAAUAGGUAUUAGAAUACUACUUCGUCAUUUACAAAUUAGCAAAAAAAUUAGUUAGAUGAGCAAAUUCUUUAUUUUAUUUAUGUUUGUAUACAUUCUGACAUGUUGAUUUAUAAGUAUUUGCAUGUAUAUUUUUAAUUAAUCUGUUGGAACUUAACUUCUAUCAACAAAAUUUUGGAAGAUUUCACACAUAAUUAUUUUAUUAAAGAUCCCCCAACACCAAACCCUGUACUCGCCGAAAAAGCUAGAAAAUUGGGUCAAUUUUGUAUGUAACUAUACCGUGAAGAUGUUGCUUACUCAAACGCGAGAUCAAAUUUUUGACCAGUUAACUGGUCUUUUGAGUGAUAUUAAACGUUUAAAACUUUUUAGGGACUUUACAAUCAAAUUAAUACUCCAUUCAUGUUAUUUAUGGGAAAUUGUCAGUAACUCAUCAUGAGUCACCAGUAUCUAAAAGGUAGGUAAUGAAUCUUUAACAAAAUAAAACGGCUUUUAUUUUAUGUGCUUUAAAAAUAAGCUAACCACACAAAUUGAAUCAAUUUAUAUUAUAAAAAAAAAAAAAAUACAAAGACUUGUGAUGACUGUACCUACAGAUAUAAAACAUCGUCUGUUAUUUAUCUCAUUAAUUUUGUUGGUGUUAAAAUAUCACCAAGAUUCCUAUACAAUGAUGUCAAUUGGUGCAUUACUGUUUAUUUAAGUACCUAUUAAAAUUUCUGAAAUAUAAAGUUUGAUUGGUUAAUAAACUGGAUUUGUUUUGAUCAUGUUUCUUUUUUCAUUCGAAAGUUAAACUAUACGUUUAGCCAUCGUUUUUUUAAGUCAACAUGUUGGGUAAAAUCUCAAGUAUGAUAUUUGAUGCUGAAAUUUGUGUUCUAUUUGUCAUUUAUUUUUAAUAUGAUCAAAUCUGGAAUUGAUCACUUGAAUGAUAGAAUUGGGAAGCAGCUAUAAUGUGACGUGAAAGGAAUACCGUAAUCUAUUUAAUCAAUGAAGUGUUCGAAAAAAAAAAACAUUUACUAAAUUGUAUGUGCACUGUUCGUUAUUGCAAUUAUUUUGUUGAUGUUUAUCAAAAGCUUUUAAAUUAGUAAAAUAUGGGGUGUGUGUAUUGGUGAUAUUAAUUUUACUUUAACAUAAAACAUUAGUUAUUUAACUAAAAUGUUUUCCUUGUUUUAAGAUUGUUUUUCAAUAAAAUCACCAACGCAUCAACCACUAGCAGAGUAUUAUUAACUACGUAAUAUAAAACAUAUGUAUUAACAAGUUGCUGUAGGUCUUAGAUUUUAGAAGAUAUGCUGAUGUAUAGGUUUAUUUUCCAUAAUUACGUUUGUGAAAUAACAAUCAGUAGCUACCAUAGUAACAGACCCUAUUUAGACAUUUAAUUAUAUAGAUAUAAGUGAUACUGAUAAAAUACGUUUUCAUACUCUUUUGAUUACCUUGGAAAAAUAUGUUUGCUACUAAUGUAAAUACGAGGUUUCCCUGAAUGUUUUCUCAAAAUUGCGGUGCAGCCUAGAGUUAUUUCAAAUACUGUCUGUCACAUGUUGAAAAUUAAAAUUAGUGUCUGUCAGUGACCAAGAGGUACGACUUUGAAUUCAUAAUUUCAAAAACAAUAAAUACAUACAUAAACAAAUUUAGCAAAACCUAAUUUAAACAAUUUUCCUAUGACUGAAAAAACCAAACCAUUUAGUUACACACACAAUCGAAUCUCGCGUCAUUU